AUGCCUGAGGGCCGUCUAUCACGUCUGCUCAAGGCCAAGCUGCUACGACGAUCAUCGAUACCCGCGGUACCAAAUCCGGGCAACGGGGCGGACCCGCGUGUCCACCCAAAUCCAACCUCUGGAAUCUCAGGAAACUCUGGUAAUCCCCAUCUCUUCGAUUCCGCGAGUGAAAAGUCACCGUAUAGUGUCGUUUCCUCAGCGGCCCAAUCCUCCGAAGAUACCGCCUCGGGUCCCGCUGCACACGAGGGUGCCCGGCACAAAUCGCGUCGAAAUCGGCUCAACCUCGCCGUUGCCUACCCCUCUCUCCGAGGAUAUCUCCUCCCCCUCGAUUCGCCGCUCCCGACUCCCCAGCAUUCCGACGAUACCUCCCUGCAGGUCGCGCAGGUCAAACUUCGUACGCCAAGUUUAACCGAGUAUCAAUUGACUCCGACCCUAGAUACCGUUGUCGAAAGAUACACGGAAGAUCGCAGUCCGACUGAUUCUUUCUUUCCGCCUCCUGCCACUAAGCGACCUAGUCUUGCUAGUCGCCGGCAAUCACUCCUCCCUGCGUCGCAUCAACACUUGAUUAGUGGGCUGCUCGAGCAGAGUCUAUUCCCCUCACAAGGUGACCAAGGCAGCAGUCGUGUGCCCGUAGCUGCUGCCAAUAUGGUUCAACGUCGCAUCUGGGUGAAACGGCCCGGUGGCUCGGCCACACUGGUGCCGUGUUUAGAGGAUGCGGUAGUGGAUGAGUUACGCGACCAAGUCAUCAUGAAAUAUGGUAACUCACUAGGAAGGACAUUCGACUCGCCGGAUAUAUUGAUAAGGAUUGUGGCUCGCGAAGCAUCGAACCGGCUCGUAACGCCAGAGCGACUCUUGAGCCCAGAGGAAGUUCUGGGAUCCGUGCUCGACUCAUAUUACCCAGGUGGUCAAACGAUUGAGGAGGCAUUACUGAUCGAGGCACCAACGCGCCGAACACCGAAGCCAUCGCCGCGCCAUACCGGUUAUCAUCAUCACCAUCCAGAGCCUGGUGAGCAUGGAGACUACUUCCCUCUUAUGCCUACCAAUACAAAGGUUCCUACCCCGCCUACACACACGUCAAGUUCAGGCGUAGCCAGCGCACCGUCAAUUUCUAUCCUCACUACCGGCGUGCCUCCUCCAUUACCAUCUCCAGGGAGCCGUGCUCGGCAUCAUCGCAGGCCGCCGCUGCAGCGACAUACCACUAAUUCGCCGACGAUCCUUGGCCAGGUACAGCCUGUGACAGACUUGGGCAUUUCUCCUCAUUCCCAACCUCCUCCAACCAUCGCACCUCAAAGCGUGCCAACGCCACCAGCCCCGGCUGCCGAAUCUCCCCAAGCGAAAGCACACACUCCACCUGCACCCAUCGCGUCUCCAAGAUCGCUGCGGAAGACAAAGGGCACAGCAUCGCCAGGGGCUGCAUUUGGUGGAUUGAUCGAUGGAACGGUACCGCCUAUCAACGUUCUCAUCGUAGAGGACAAUAUUAUCAACCAAAAGUUACUCGAGGCCUUUAUGAAACGUCUCAGUGUGCGCUGGAAGUGUGCAGGUAAUGGCGAAGAGGCUGUACGAAAAUGGCGUCAGGGUGGAUUUCACUUGGUGCUUAUGGACAUUCAGCUUCCCGUUAUGAACGGACUGGAUGCAACCAGGGAGAUUCGACGACUAGAAAGACUUAACGGAAUUGGUGUUUUCCCUAAGACGGCCUCUGGACGAUCAAGUGCUUCAAGCACUAAUGCGUCCGACAAACGCCCCGGGCUUUACCGCUCGGUUAGCGAAGAAGAUACCUUGAAUGAUCUGUCAUUGUUCCGAAGUCCUGUAAUCAUUGUUGCAUUGACUGCUAGCAGUUUGCAAAGUGACCGUCACGAAGCAUUAGCUGCUGGGUGUAAUGAUUUCUUAACCAAGCCUGUCGGAUUCCCCUGGCUCGAACAGAAAGUAACCGAGUGGGGCUGUAUGCAGGCCCUCAUUGACUUCGAGGGUUGGCGAAAAUGGCGUGGAUUUGUGGAUUCUCCCCGAUCCAGGUCUCCCAACUUCCACAAUGCAGCCAGCCCUAUGCAAACUGGUAGUCGCGAGACUAUUUCCCAACCAGAGUUGUCAUCACCAUCAAUAUCCCGAACUACCGGGAAACCAAAGGCCAAAGGUCUCAAGCGACCUACUUUGCCAGAUGCAGAUGAAAUCUUAAGAGAAGAUUCAUGGGGCAGUGGUAGUGGCGAUACUGGGGAUUCAGCAACCACCAGCCUUGACGCAACCCCGGCUGAUGUUGAUCCCAAUGCUCCCGGAUCAUCUGCUCCCAAGAAUGAGUCUUGA